AUGUUUCCAACAUGUCUGUGCAGUCGCUGCUUUGUGAAAGAAUUGCUGUUGCCAAAGAAUUGAUCAAGAGAGCGGAAGCCCUUUCCAAGUCCCAGAAAAGGCGAAUAGAAGGUGGUGCAAAACUAUGUAGCAAACUGAAGGCUGAACUAAACUUCUUACACAAGGUGGAGGCAGGGAAGGUGGCCAUUAAAGAAUCCCAUUUGCAGAGUACAAACCUCACCCAUCUCCAAGCCAUUAUUCAGUCAGCAGAGAACCUGGAGGACAUUGUCAGUGUCCUCCAUGUCUUUGCUUACGAGGACAGGUUUGGAGACAAACAGACGCUGGUGGUAGAUGUUGUCGCAAAUGGAGGUCACACGUGGGUGAAGGCCAUUGGUCGGAAGGCUGAGGCCCUACAUAACAUCUGGCUAGGGAGAGGCCAAUACGGUGACAAAAGUGUUAUCGAGCAGGCAGAGGACUUCCUGCAAGCAAGCUGUCAGCAGCCAGUGGAGUACAGCAAUCCCCACAUAAUCUUUGCAUUCUACAAUGGCGUGUCCUGUCCUAUGGCAGAGAGGCUCAAGGAGAUGGGAAUAUCUGUGAGAGGAGACAUUGUGGCUGUGAACUCACUGGUGGAGCCAUCUACAGAAAACCAGUACCUUAGUGCUAGUGAAUCAGAUGAAGAAGGCCCUGAACUCCCGCAGGUGACCAGAGUAGACCGGGAGAAUUUAGUGGCCAGCAUUGCUUUUCCUACCCAGAUCAAAGUAAAUGUGUGCAAUAGAGUCAACUUGGACAUCACAACCUUAAUAACCUACGUCUCUGCUCUGAGCUAUGGUGGCUGCUACUUCAUCUUCAAAGAAAAAGUGCUAACAGAGCAAGCGGCUCAAGAAAGGAGGGAGAGAGUCCUGCCUCAGCUGGAAGAGUUCAUGGAGGGGAAAGAGCUCUUUGCCUGUGAGUCUGCUGUCAGAGAUUUUCAGUCCAUCUUGGAAACACUGGGAGGACCUGGGGAGAAAGAGCGAGCUGCGUUGCUUGUGAAAAGAAUUAAUGUGGUGCCAGAUCAGCCGUCUGACCGUGCCUUAGGACUAGUGGCUAGUUCAAAAAUCAAUAGCCGUUCUCUUACCAUUUUUGGAACAGGAGACACUUUAAAAGCCAUCACCAUGACUGCAAAUAGUGGUUUUGUGAGGGCAGCGGCUAACCAAGGUGUCAAGUUCAGUGUUUUUGUCCAUCAGCCACGAGCGCUGACAGAAAGCAAAGAAUCUGUUGCCACACCUUUACCAAAGAGCUGCCCACCUGAUCAUGGACUAUAAGUCGUUAAAAGAGUUACUCAUUGAAACGUUGCAGGUGCAGCAGUGGAAGCAUUUGGAGAAGCAGAAGAAUCAUGACAAUACAUUUUUGGAUGUGUAUCAGUGAAAACAGUAACUGUAGCAGUGGAAGGCUUCCUCAAGGGAUUUGCAGUAUCUAUACUCAGUCCUUAGGGGUUUUUUGUUCAGCUGACCGUUAAUUUAUUCACUAAGGUAGUGAGAUUUCAGUGAAAAUUGUUAAUUGGCUUACAGUAUAUUAAUUGUAUCCAUCCAUAUUAAAAAGUUCAUUU